GCCCAACAGAUCCCAAAAGUAAGACUCUUCCUUCUAAAACCCCCACACUGUUGCCAACGUUCUCUGCCGAGAGUGAGGUCAUCCAUAUAUUGAUGAUCUACAUCACAUCGUCUACCGAUACCUUUACUAGUAGUAUUUUAAUAUACAUUCUACAGUGUCUACACACUGUUCUGGCACGUGCGGUCACUCAGGUUGUGGGUUUCAACGUUUUCUGGAUUCAAUCCACUCGAUAUGUAUUAUAUGUAUGUAUGAAUAUACCUGAGUUCCGUACCGAUGUACAGAGUAGGAGAGGCAUCCUACAUUAUGCUACUCACAGUAUAUUCUUUCUCAUCUUCAGUAUAUCUGCUAACUCCCGAUACCCCUGCAAGCAGAUAGUUAUACUUUUGCAAUGAUAUCAUUCAUUUCUAUAUCGCCUUCAAUUCCUGGCCAAGGCUGCCCCUUCCACGUGUCGUCGAAUGAUCCAAGUUGGUUGUCAUACUCCUUUCCUGAUCUACGACCAUAUCACGUGGCGUAAAUGGGAAUUGUCAAAAAUGCAGUAUCAAUGAUUGACAGUCACAACAAGUUUCAUAUAAUAGCGUACUAUCCAUAGAGAAUGACAGUCUAAUUAUACUCACCGUGGUUCCGGCAUUGAACAUAGGCAAACAAUAUUGCCUACAUUUAAUGGAUCUCCGAGGCUUCUCCUUAAUUGAAGUAAAGAAUGAGCUGCGCAUUAAGGCAGGCAAUCGGCGAAUAAUUUAGUACAGCAGUGCCCGAAAGUGACUCAUCAAGUAGCCUAGAAAUUCUGAUGUCGGAUUGUUAACCACCGUGCUCCC